AUGAAAUAUCCAUAUCAGUUUGGGGGGUUUCCUAGCAAGGAAGAGUUAUUGAAGGCCUACGGAGGAAAGUCAGUUCAAGACUUGCCUACGCCAUCUAUUUUGAUUGACGAAACCGUCUUCACAAGAAAUUGCAGUCGAAUGCUUGAAAAUGCUAAAGAAUUGAAUGUUGACUUUCGCCCACACGUGAAAACACAUAAGACCUUAGAGGGAACUUUAUUGCAACUUGGAGAAGCAUCCAAUCAUAAGACCAAUAAGAUUGUUGUUUCCACAUUGGCAGAAGCAUGGGGGUUAAAACCUUUAAUUGAGGAGGGAAAAAUCAAGGAUGUUUUAUUUAGUUUACCGGUGGUACAGUCUAGAUUAGAGGAAUUAGCAGAGUUAUCUGAAAACGUUGAAAACUUAAGAUUAAUGUUGGAUAAUGUUGAACAAUUAGAUAUUUUAAAGAACUUUCGGGUUAAAAGGGGUGAGAUGAAAAAAUGGUCAAUUUUCAUUAAAAUUAAUAUGGGUACUGAUAGAGCAGGGUUAAUUAAUGAUACCAUUGAGCUCCAAAAGACAUUAGAGUACGCAUUAAGUGAUGAAAUUAAAAAGCAUGUUCAAAUAUAUGGUUUUUACUGCCACGCAGGUCAUUCCUAUAAGUCUAAAUCAAUUGAAGAAGCUAAAUCCUUCUUAGUUGAGGAGAUAACCCACGCAAAUAAAGCUGCAAAAAUGGCUAUUUCAAUAGACCCUUCCUUACGAUUGCAGUUGUCAGUAGGGGCCACACCUACUGCUCAUUCAUCAGCAAACUUUAAAAAUUUAUUAGAUGGAAUUGAUCUAGUUGGACAAGUAGAGCUUCAUGCAGGAAACUAUCCAUGUUGUGACCUUCAACAAGUAUCAACCAAUUGUAUUGGACAAGAAGAUGUUUCUUUGAAACUUUUAGCGGAGGUUGUCAGUAGUUAUCCAAAAAGGGGUAGCACAUUACCAGGAGAACAGUUGAUCAACGCUGGUGUCAUAGCAUUAGCCAGGGAACCAGGUCCAAUGAAAGGAUUCGGGAAAAUCAUUUCCCCUGAAUUGUACCAAGAUUGGAUCGUUGGACGUUUAAGUCAAGAACAUGGAAUUCUUGAGCCUACAAGAGAAGGUGUCAAUUUCAUUCCUUUGGGUACUAAAAUAGAAAUUGUACCGCAACAUUCGUGUAUAACUGCAGCUUCGCAUACUUGGUAUUUUAUAAUUGAUAAAAAUAACAAAGUUAAAGAUAUAUGGAUACCACUUCAAGGUUGGUAA